AUGGCCUCUUUCAACGAUUGUAGCAGAGCUUUAGAAAGCUUGAACCAAUAUCAAACUAAGGAUGGUUUGUCUGUUUCUGAAUUAAUGGAUUCUAGAACUAGAGGUGGUUUAACCUACAAUGAUUUCUUAAUUUUACCUGGUAAAAUUGAUUUCCCAUCUUCUGCUGUUAAGUUAGAAACUAAAUUGACUAAAAAGAUUACUUUAAAUGCUCCAUUAGUUUCUUCCCCAAUGGAUACCGUUACUGAAUCCGAAAUGGCUAUUCAUAUGGCUUUAUUAGGUGGUAUCGGUAUCAUCCAUCACAAUUGUUCUCCAGAAGAACAAGCUGAAAUGGUCAGAAAAGUUAAGAAAUUUGAAAAUGGUUUCAUUAAUUCCCCUGUUGUCAUCUCUCCAAAUGCUACCGUUUUCGAAGCUAAACAAAUGAGAGAAAGAUUCGGUUUCUCUGGUUUCCCAGUUACUGAAAAUGGUGAACAAUUCGGUAAGGUUAUGGGUAUCAUCACUUCUCGUGAUAUCCAAUUCAUCGAAGAAGACUCUCUCCUAGUCUCUCAAGUCAUGACCACUGAUUUAGUUACUGGUAAGCAAGGUAUUACUUUAUCUGAAGGUAAUGAAAUCUUGAAGACUACCAAGAAAGGUAAGCUAUUGAUUGUCGAUGACAACGGUAACUUGGUUUCUAUGUUGUCUAGAACCGAUUUGAUGAAGAACCAAAACUACCCAUUGGCUUCCAAAUCUGCUACCACUAAACAAUUGUUGUGUGGUGCUGCCAUUGGUACUAUCGAAGCUGACAAGGAAAGAUUAGCUUUGUUGGUUGAAGCUGGUUUGGAUGUUGUUGUCUUAGAUUCUUCUCAAGGUAACUCUGUUUUCCAAAUCAACAUGUUGCAAUGGAUUAAACAAACCUACCCAUCUUUAGAAGUUAUUGCUGGUAACGUUGUCACCAGAGAACAAGCUGCUAGCUUGAUCGCUAGUGGUGCUGAUGGUUUGAGAAUCGGUAUGGGUUCUGGUUCUAUCUGUAUCACCCAAGAAGUUAUGGCUUGUGGUAGACCACAAGGUACUGCUGUCUACAACGUCUGUGAAUUUGCCAACAAAUAUGGUGUUCCAUGUAUGGCUGAUGGUGGUAUUCAAAACAUUGGUCACAUCAUCAAAGCUUUGGCUUUAGGUGCUUCUACCGCUAUGAUGGGUGGUAUGUUAGCUGGUACUCACGAAUCCCCAGGUGAAUACUUCUACCAAGAUGGUAAGAGAUUAAAGGCUUACCGUGGUAUGGGUUCCAUUGAUGCUAUGCAAAAGACCGAUAAAAAGGCUAAUGCUUCUACUUCUCGUUACUUCUCUGAAUCCGACUCUGUCUUGGUUGCUCAAGGUGUUGCUGGUGCUGUCGUUGACAGGGUUCUGUCAAGAAGUUCAUCCCAUACUUGUACAACGGUCUACAACACUCAUGUCAAGAUAUUGGUGUCGUUGACUAAGUCUUUACGUUCUGAAGUUGAUGCUAGCAACGUCAGAUUCGAAUUCAGAUCUGCAUCUGCUCAAUUAGAAGGUAACGUUCACAACUUACACUCCUACGAAAAACGUUUACACAAUUAG